AUGCACGGCGAAGUGGGCAACAAACUGGUGCAACACGCCCGGCGCACGCUCACAUUACCUGUGCUACCGGCAUAUCAGACGGAACUUGUACGCAGCUGUGUCCGCGAGGUGCGGGACCUCGAUCGAGACGUGGCGGCGAUCCUUGCGCCAUUCAACAAUACACAAGGCUCGACGGAGGAUGGCUUCCAGAGCAGCAGUAACUCAUUCAACCCGGCCGAACACCCGGCGACGGCGUGCGCUUUGUUGGUGGACCAUUUGAGCAUGAGGCGGAACAAGAGAUGUCUACUGGCGUAUCAUCGCGUAAGGGCAGAUAGGGUCGAGGAAUUGGUUUGGCAGGGAUGGGACCCUACGACCUCGGUUGGUGACGGCGACGAUAUAUCAGCAGGUGGUAGCCGUCUAGGGAAUGCCGGUGAUGCGACAGGGACUAAGGAUUCGUCUGCGUCACCAAAUCUCUCGCCUGAAGAACAUGCCCUGUUCUUGCAAUAUUCGGAUCUUCUGGCCAGCUACAAGGGUCAAUGGACCGACGUCGACCUCACAGGGUCAUUGGUCCCGCCGAAAGACUUAUUUAUUGACGUGCGAGUCCUCAAGGAUGCCGGCGAGAUUCAAACAGAGUAUGGAACUCUUAACCUGACCAAAAACAGCCAGCUACAUGUCAGACUUGGCGAUGUUGAGAGAUUGAUCCAGCAGGGGUUUCUGAAGAGACUGAAUUGAUUCAUGGUGACAGCUGCCUCCAGAGCCUUACUUGUUAGGCUACGAGACGAUUUGACACACUUACGGGCGGGAUGGGAAGCCGAGGGAAACAUCUUCUGAGGGCUUUGACACGAAUCGAUUGACAACCAGCGGUUCCGAAACCACAUCAAUACUUUGGUUCUCAGACCAGGUCAAACACCAGAGACAAAUCGUCGGCCAUCUAGCGAUUCCAGCCACUAGAUGCCACCACGUCCCAGUCUCAAUCACGCCGCCCUCGAUUCUGUCUACUAUUAUACAUGGUUCAUUGUGAUAAACCUUUACCUAACUGAAUGGCUCUGAUGGCAUGCAUAGCGCUGAUUUCAGCCGCUCAGAACAUGUCAUCCAAAGACCACAGCAACAACGGCAAGAUCACUGGUGUCAUGCAAGCAAGACAAGACAACAGCGACAGUCUGGUUGCACCAGCUGUAGGUGUUGCCAAGGUCGGACCUGUAUGGUUUCCGCCUCCUCCAUUGCCUCCAUUGACCGGAUUGUAACUCUCUGGGCCAUUACCAUUCGGUCUGCUUCCAUUUCCAGCGCUAUCACCACCUUGUCCACCUCCGCUAUCAGCCACCUGUUGGGUGAAGUUUCCACAAUUCAGUCUUGUGCCGUUGUUUGCAUGGACUACAAUCGAUCGAUUUCCAAAGAAGCUAACGCUGUUUGGAUCGGUGCUUAGAUAGAGGUCGAGAAAAGUGGCCUGGAAAGUGUUGCCAUCCGCGGUAUCGGAGAUACCACCGUGUUUGCCACUCAGGUCGCCCGGCUGGCAAGUUUCUUGAACAGUAUUGUCACAAGGAGGAGUGUCUUGGCGACCAUACGGAGUCAAAUGACCACCUGCGGAGGUACAAUUUCCUUCAGUGUCGAGGGGAAACUCGUGGAUAUGGUAUUCUGGUGAAAAUGUGAGCAUGAAUGAGACUAAAGUGGAGGGAGUCGACUCUGGGUUAUCGACCUACUGAAAGGACCAUCUUCUGCGGAUGGAAAAUCAAAAAGGUUGAUUGAGAAGUUCACACCUGUGCCAUUCUCACUGGAGACAGCAAUGACAAGGCCUUGAACAGGUCUGCCGUACUGCAGAAGUGCUUGGAAGGCGGUAGAUUGAGGGUUAUUGUUGACGAUGGGGGCAAUAUGCUGGGAGUGAUCCUCUUCUUGAGCGAAGGCGGUGAGAGUAAGGACGAAAAGGGUGAGGACAACGCUGACGAUGGACAUUUUAUGUUGGAAGCAAACUUUUGGGUGGGAAUGGGAAUUUGAAUGGUUUGAGCUCUUGGACUUUGCAGGAUAGUGGUAGUGUGGAUUGGGAUUGAAAUAAGAAGAGGCAGACUGGAUGAGGUACCAGGAGAGGUUUUAUGGUUCUUUGGACCUGGUGAAAACGAAAGAUGAAGAGAGCAAGAAAUCGUGGGAUGUGCAGAAAUUGUAUCUGGGCAACGAUCCAGGAAUGGCAAGAAGCCUGGUAACGGUGACGAGUGACUGGGAAGGCACGACGGACACACCUCAACUUCAAAUUCCCGUUGCUACGGAUUCAUGGAUUCAGCCAUUCAGGUCGCAGGGUGUACUUAGUGUACUUAGCCGUGCAGCAGGCGCUGAC